AUGAAGCGUUCUCGUCUCGCUCCUCCACUUGGGGGGUUACCGGGGAACGGAGCCAGUCUGGCCAAAAUCUUGUUCGGAGGUUUGGAGUCGAAGGAAGACGAACGGGCCAAGAAGCCGGCGGCGGUGAAAGGAGCCCUGGGGCCACACAACAGCCGCAAACGUCGCCGUCCCGGGUCCCUCUCCAGUUCGGGGACGGAGGACUCCCCCAGCUCCUCGGCGUCCAAGAAAUUGGCGCUACACGAGUAUAGAAAACAUGGCAAAUCCAGAGCGUCAAACGCUGCCGUGUGUACAAGACCGCGGACCGCGAGCAGGGGAAGGACAUCGGCAGAUACCAGCACGGCAUCUGCCGCUGAUAAGGACUACAUCCUGUUCAGUCCGGCGCAGCAGGCGUCCAUACUGGAGAGACAGAAGAGUGGGGACCGGAACACCAGUGCUAGGCUGUCUGUGUCUGUUCUUGCGCCCCCUGCUGGUCUGGAGCGCACGCUGCUGGAGAACAGCCUCGCUGCUACGGGUAACGGCUCUUUUCUCCCUCCAGGUCACAGCGUCCACAUGGCCGCUCCGGAGGAUCUGACAGACAAGCUUCUGCUGGCUAGUUGGGGUCUCCCGGGAGCCGUGCUGGAGAAGUAUGGCCGCCUGGGGGUGUUGCAGAUGUUUGAGUGGCAGGCGGAGUGCCUGAUGUUGGGGCAGGUUCUGUCUGGGAAGAAUCUGGUCUACUCCGCUCCGACAAGUGCCGGGAAAACUCUGGUGGCCGAACUGCUGAUCCUAAAGAGGGUUCUGGAGACCCGGAAGAAAGCUUUAUUCAUCCUCCCCUUCGUCUCUGUGGCCAAAGAGAAAACCUAUUACUUGCAGAGCCUGUUCCAGGAGGUCGGCGUGCGGGUGGAGGGGUACAUGGGCAGCUCGGCUCCCUCCUGCGGCUUUUCAUCUCUGGACGUCGCCGUCUGCACCAUCGAGAAAGCCAACGGCCUGGUGAACCGUCUGAUAGAAGAGGACAAGAUCGACCUGUUGGGGAUGAUGGUGGUGGAUGAAUUGCACAUGUUGGGAGAUUCACACCGUGGUUAUCUGCUGGAACUGCUCCUCACGAAGGUCCAAUACGUCACUCAGAAAAGAACCAUCGGGAGGAAAAAAGAUGGCGGCGGCGUCCGCUCGCCGAAUGAAGUUCAGAUCGUGGGGAUGAGCGCCACCCUGCCCAACCUCAGCUUGUUGGCCUCCUGGCUGGACGCAGAGCUCUAUCACACCGAUUUCCGGCCCGUGCCCCUAAAGGAACAUGUUAAAAUCGGCAGAACUGUCUUUGAUUCCACCAUGACUCCUGUGCGAGAGUUCGAGCCCCUGAUUCAGGCGAAGGGUGACGACGAUCACAUUGUCAGCCUGUGUUACGAGACAAUACGCGACGGUCACUCCAUCCUGAUCUUCUGUCCUUCCAAGAACUGGUGCGAGAAGCUGGUGGACACCAUCGCCCGAGAGUUCUACAACCUCUAUCACAAGGCCUUGCAGGAAAAGGCAGGUGGCUGCCUGGACCCCGGCAUUCCUCCAGUGGCUCUGGACAAGGACGGUAUACAGGAUGUGGUCGGUCAGUUGAAGCGUUGCCCAUCGGGAUUGGACCUCAUUCUGGGACGCACGGUGCCGUGGGGCGUGGCCUUCCAUCACGCCGGUCUGACCUUCGAUGAGCGGGAUAUCAUAGAAGGAGCCUUCCGCCAGGGCGUUGUGCGUGUCUUGGCAGCCACCUCCACCUUGUCCUCCGGGGUGAACCUUCCCGCGCGUCGGGUCAUCAUUAGAACCCCGCUCUUCAAUGGCCGCCUCCUGGAUAUCCUCACCUACAAGCAGAUGGCCGGGAGAGCCGGCAGGAAGGGAGUGGAUACAGAGGGUGAGAGCAUACUUGUGUGUAAGCCUUCGGAGAGAGCGAAGGGCAUCAGCUUGCUGCAGGGUUCUCUAAAGCCGGUGCGGAGCUGUCUUAUGCGGAAGGAGGGGGCCGGAGUGACGGGCAGCAUGAUCCGCGCCAUCCUGGAGAUCAUAGUCGGCGGCGUGGCGGACACCCCGGAAGACGUCCGUACUUACGCCUCCUGUACGCUGCUGGCUUCCAGUAUGAGAGAAGAACACGAGGAUCCACGAGAGGCCGACUCCGGAGCCAUAGAGGCGUGCGUGGAUUGGCUGCUGAGGAACGAGUUCGUUCAGGUGCUGGAGGAGGAGCAGGCUGGAGAUAAAGGGGAAGUCUAUCGUCCCACAAAGCUCGGCGCUGCCACCUUUUCCUCCUCUCUCUCACCCUCGGAGGCUGUGGGAAUAUUUGCCGACCUCCAGAGAGCAAUGAAGGGAUUCGUGCUGGAGAACGAUCUGCACAUCCUCUAUCUGGUCACCCCGGUGUACGAGGAAUGGGCCACCAUUGACUGGUACCAGUUUUUCUGUCUGUGGGAGAAGCUUCCCGUGUCCAUGAAGCGCGUAGCGGAGCUGGUGGGGAUCGAGGAGGGCUUCCUGGCGCGCUCGGUGAAGGGGAAAAUCGUCGCCAAAAAUGACCGUCAGCAGAGACAGAUCGCCAUCCAUAAACGGUUCUACACAAGUCUGGUCCUCCUGGAAUUAAUCAGCGAGGUCUCACUGUCAGAGCUGACCAAGAAGUACGGCUGCAGCCGAGGGCAGCUCCAAUCCCUCCAACAGUCGGCUGCCACAUACGCAG